CGCCCUCGCCCGCUCGCUCGCUCCCUCUCCCUCGUUCGCUCGCUCGCUCGCUCCAAAAUGUGGCACAACGUGGGGCUGACCCUGCUGGUGUUUGUGGCCACGCUGCUCAUCGUCCUGCUGCUGAUGGUGUGCGGUUGGUAUUUUGUAUGGCAUCUUUUUUUAUCAAAAUUCAAGUUUCUGCGGGAACUUGUGGGAGACACCGGAUCCCAGGAAGGAGAUCAUGAGCCUUCAGGGUCUGAAACAGAAGAGGAUGCUUUAUCAUCUCCGCACAGGAUCAGAUCUGCUCGCCAAAGGAGGGUACCUGCUGAAGAAGAUCACUGACCCAGCCCUCAUCCUCUGUUAGUGAAGGAUGAAAAACAAUUGAGAGCCUGUGUUUUUAAUGACUUGGCACUGCAGUUUGCUAAAAGACUGAAGAGCAUUUGUACUUGAAUUUUAAGUCCAAUUUAAAAAGAUUUACAUGUAAGCCAUAUGAAAAUAAAGGGAAUUAAAACCAAAUUAGACCAUUGCAGAUGGUCAUAUUAAAGAAAUCUUUUGCCUCAUUAGCUUUCUACUUAUAUGUAUAUUCCUUGUCUGGGGGUUAUUUUCUCUUACUAGGUAGAUCUAGUAAAUAUUACAUGCUUGAAAACCCAUAGUUUACAAAUUAGGUCUGUAAUGUAUGUUUUCUUUCCCACACGUUUCACCUUGUUUGAAAUUGGGAUGCAUCUUGUGAUCACUCUCAACUAGACGUUGGUUAUGAUGUGUAAUUAUAUUCGCCUGUUCAUGUGUGAACUAGCUUUCCAUACCAUCACUGUAUUGUUGGCAAAAAAAAAAAAUCUGUUUAGUUUAAUUGGGAUUUUAAAAUGUCUUCAGGACUAGAGAUACAGUGUCAAGGUAAAGGCAAUUGCCUUGCAUGCCACUGACCCGAGUUUGAUGCCUGACACUGCAUAUGGUCGCCAAGCACCACCAGAACUGAUUGCUGAGCACAGAGCAGGAGUAAGCCCUGGAAACUGCUGGGUGUGAUCCCAGAUCCCUCCCCCCAAAUAUAAAAAAAAUUAUAAAAUUCAUAAUUUCUUCAGAAAGAUUACACUGUGAUUCAGUACUGAAAAGAAUAGUUAUUGCCUAUGCAGAGAAGUGUGGAAAUGGAGCAACAGGAUAUACAUUUGAUAAUAGUGAAGCAAAUAUUUGUUCCUGGAGAAAUGACUGAACUUCCUAUUGUAAGUAAAAUGUUCUAUAGGACCUAAGCAAGGAAGAUACGAAUAGAUACAGUUGUACUAUAUUUUGUCAGUUAGAAAUGUUCUGAAGGAUUAUUACCUGCAAAGUGAUGAUAUUGAAGGUAGUGGAUAUUGCCAAAACCCUCCUGAAACAAAAUUCCAAAGCAAGAAGCAGGUGUGAUCGAUUCAUGUAUGAAGCAGGACGAUCAAUAAGGUAUCAACUAUCUUUUUGCUGGAUAAAGGAUAUCCUUUAUAUAUCCUUUAUUCUUCCUGCUGACAUCAAACAUAAGAAAUUGGUAGAGCACUCUUCGAGGAAAUCUUGCAUCAGUAUUUUUGAUGAAACCAAGAGACCUGUUGGUGUGGAAAAAUGCAGACACCAAUUACUAUGAAUUGAAGAGUGAUUAGAAAGAGUUGAACGUAGGCUAUAAAAUUAUAAUUUGGCCAAUUUCAUACAGUUUUUAUACAUAUGCACAAGAUUGUGAUAAAAAUUUGUCUAAAGUGCCGUUUCAGUAAAUGUAAAAUAAACAUUUUAUGUGAUAA